UCCGAGAGAGAGCGAGAAAGACACCGAGGAAAGGAUUAUCCAACAACCUCGGGACGACAUCGGCAGUUGCAUUUCGUCUACCACCAGACUUCAAACGCUGCUGUGAACAGGAGACAGCGUCAGUAUUUACAACACUUAACGGGAUUUAGUGAUGAUCUGAGGAUGAAUGUAAACCAGCAGACUCCCAUGGCGUCUCCAUAUAGCCAGACUGGCUAUGGUCAGCCCAGCUAUGCUCCCCUUGGAGGGGGAUACCCUGCCCCCUAUGCACCUUACAAUGGCCCUGCAUCAGCUUACCAACCUGGGGCUCCACCGCAAGGUCCAGUCAGGGGCCCUCCUACCUCUGGGCCCCCUCCAGUCUCAGCAUCCCAGGCCUACUCUCAUUACAGUCAGGGAGAUAUGCAGAAUGGUCCCCCACCUAUGGCCCAGGCACCACCUAGGCCUGCAGUGUCUCAGCCAUACAACCAGGGAGCAGUGACCCCUUCUGGGCCACACACCUCCUACCCCCAGCAAUAUGCGGCCUCACCCACCAUGCAGCAGGUCACCAAUCAGAUGACUGGGAUGCAGAUCUCUGGACCACCCACCCCUGCUGGGCCAGGAUAUGCUCCACCUCACAGCUCACAACCACCAGUCAGCACUGCCUACUCAGCUGCACCUCCCCCCUCCUACACCCAAGCCCCUCCACCUGCAUCUGUUGCCCCCACUCAUCCCCCAGCACCCAGUGAUCUAGCACCUCCUCAGCAAUACUACGGUGCACCACCUUCUCAGCCUUUCACCUCCUCUGCUCCACCACAGCCCUCUCAGCAACCCUUUCCUCCCUCAUGCUACUCCGGCCCUGUGCCACCCAGCCAAGGUCCCGCCCCUCCUGUGUCUCAGCCACAGCAGUCCUUUCCCCCUAGCCAGCUUCCCUUCGCCUCAGCGCCUCCACCUAUCAGCCAGCCUGCCUAUAUCUCUGGCCCACCUCCCCCCGCUCAGGGCUCUUUCCCACCCAGAGCUCCCCCUCCUUCCUCCCAACCUGGACCCUUCCCUCCCUCUGGUCCUCCUCCCACCUCUUCUCCCCCUGGCCAGUACCCAGCCCCCGUGCCCUCCCAGACCCUUCAGGCUCAGCCCUCUCCAUACCAACCUGCACCCCCCCCUCCCAGAGCUCAGAUGCCUCCCACCUCCAUGGCUCAGACCAACCACCUGCCUCCAGGACCACAAGGCCCACCGGGUCCACCCGGCCCGCCUGGGCCCAUGCAGCAGCCUCCAGCUCAGCCUGGCAUGCAGGCAGGAUACCCUUCUCAGCAGAACGGUGCAUUUGGGCAAGUGAGAGGCCCUCAGCCUGGCUAUGCAGGCCCAUAUCCUGGGCAAUCAAACUACGGAGCCCCAGCACCUGCCCCAGCUCCUGCUCCCCCAGCACAGAAAAGACUUGACCCAGACGCCAUUCCAAGCCCUAUCCAGGUGAUAGAGGACGAUAAGACUAAGAGCACUGAGCCAUUCACUACAGGGGUCAGGGGUCAGGCCCCACCCCUUGUCACAACCAACUUCAAGGUCAAAGAUCAAGGGAAUGCAAGCCCUAGGUUUAUUCGCUGUACAGCCUACAACAUGCCCUGCACAGCCGACAUGGCCAAGCAGUCCCAGGUGCCACUGGCAGCCGUCAUCAAACCCCUCGCUACGUUGCCACCAGAUGAGACGCCUCCAUUUCUAGUGGACCAUGGGGAGGGUGGUCCUAUCCGCUGUAACCGCUGCAAGGCUUAUAUGUGCCCCUACAUGCAGUUUAUAGAGGGUGGGCGCCGCUUCCAGUGUGGUUUUUGCAGCUGCGUCACAGAGGUGCCUCCCCAUUACUUCCAGCAUCUGGACCAUACUGGGAAGAGGGUAGACUGUUAUGACAGACCAGAGCUCUCGCUGGGUAGCUAUGAGUUCUUGGCUACAGUAGACUACUGCAAGAACAAUAAGCUCCCUCAGCCUCCUGCUUUCAUCUUCCUCAUUGAUGUGUCCUACAACGCUGUGAAGAGCGGCAUGGUCGGCAUCGUCUGCCAGGAACUUAAAACCCUGCUGGACUACCUGCCCAGGGAGAACCCUGACAUGGACUCUGCAGUGCGGGUAGGCUUUGUCACCUACAACAAGGUUUUGCACUUCUACAAUGUCAAGUCAAGCCUGGCCCAGCCCCAAAUGUUAGUGGUGUCAGACGUGUCUGACAUGUUCGUGCCACUGCUUGACGGCUUCUUGGUGAACGUCAAUGAGAGUCGGGUGGUCAUCGAGAGCUUACUCAAUCAGAUCCCAGAGAUGUUUGCAGACACGCGAGAGACAGAGACAGUCUUUGGGCCUGUCAUCCAGGCGGGGCUAGAGGCACUUAAGGCAGCAGAUUGUGCGGGCAAGCUGUUUGUGUUCCACACUUCUCUGCCCAUUGCUGAGGCUCCAGGCAAACUGAAGAACAGGGAAGACAAGAAGCUGAUUGGCACAGACAAGGAGAAGUCUCAGUUCCAACCCCAGGUGGGUUUCUAUAACAGCCUGGCUAAGGAGUGUGUGGCUCAGGGCUGCUGUGUAGACCUCUUCCUUUUCCCCAACCAGUAUGUGGAUGUAGCUACAUUGGGAGUGGUCCCAGUAUCCACAGGAGGCUCCAUCUACAAAUACACCUACUUCCAGGCUCAGACAGACAGUGAGCGAUUCCUGAGUGACCUUAGGCGAGACAUUCAGAAACCAGUCGGCUUUGACGCUGUCAUGCGGGUGCGCACCAGCACAGGAAUCAGAGCGACAGACUUCUUUGGUUCCUUCUUCAUGAGCAACACCACGGAUGUGGAGCUGGCAGGCCUGGACUGUGACAAGACCAUUACUGUGGAAUUCCGCCAUGAUGAUAAGCUCAGCGAGGAGACGGGGGCACUAAUGCAGUGUGCAAUGUUAUACACUAGCUGUAGUGGUCAGAGGCGUCUGCGUAUCCACAACAUGGCUGUCAACUGCUGUUCUCAGCUGGCUGACCUCUAUCGCAACUGUGAGACCGACACAAUCAUCAACUUCUUCUCCAAAUACGCAUUCCGCAGUGUGCUCAGCAGCCCCACAAAAACAGUGAGAGACAGCCUGGUAAACCAGUGUGCCCAAAUACUGGCCUGUUACCGCAAAAACUGUGCCAGCCCUUCAUCUGCUGGUCAGCUGAUCCUGCCGGAGUGCAUGAAGUUGUUACCAGUGUACCUGAACUGCGUGCUAAAGAGCGACGUGCUGCUGCCAGGAGCAGACGUGUCGCUGGACGACCGUGCCUACCUGCGGCAGUUACUGAGCUGCAUGGACGUCACAGAGAGCCACGUCUUCUUCUACCCACGCCUGCUACCUUUGACGACAUUGGAUGGGGACUCCUUGCCGAUGGCAGUAAGGGACUCUGAAGAGAGGCUGUCCAAAGGUGGAGUCUACCUCCUGGAGACAGGACUCCACCUCUUCCUCUGGGUGGGAGCUAAUGCACAACAGGAGCUGCUGCUGAACAUCUUUGGCACACCCAGUUUCAGCCAGAUAGAUCCCAACAUGACAAGUCUGCCUGUGCUGGACAACCCCUUCUCUCAGAGAUUAAGACAGAUCAUUGACUCCUUCAGAGCACAACGAUCACGAUACAUGAAGAUAAUGGUGGUGAAACAGGAAGACAGAGCUGAGCUGAUAUUCAGGCACUUCCUGGUUGAGGACAAGAGCGCUAGUGGAGGAGCAUCAUAUGUGGACUUCCUGUGUCACAUGCACAAGGAGAUCCGCCAGCUUCUCAGCUAGGACCGCCUUCCUUCACCUGUGUCACCCCCGGAACCCCCAGCCCCUGUCACCUUUCACCUUGCCCCUCUGAAAGCGCUUUAUCUUUUAUUACCUAAUAAACUAAACACCCCCACCCCACCCCCCCAUCAGCCAAGGGCCAGAGACACAUUCACAGCCAGGUGGCAGAGUCCCUGUCGUGUCUUGCAUGAGAGAGAGAUAUAGAGAAAGCCUGUUUGUGUGCGAGAGAGAGUGAAAAGGACUAAUGUCAGUUCAUACAACUCUGCUCUGCCUCAGAUCUGAAGCUCCCGCACAGAGGGAGCUUCCUAACUUGUUAGGGAGGGUAGUGUAUGUACAGAGUGAAUGUCUGUGUAUGCGGCUAUAUGUGAGUAAGGGAGGGAGAGGGCUGAUGUUGAUUGUAGUCGGUGUACUGUCUAUAACACUAGCACUGAAGGCUGUUCUUAGCCACAUAAACGACCCUCCAAUUGCGGAACUCGACUCAUUUUGUAUGAUUGAAACCUGAUAACGCUAAGGAUACAUUACAAGACGUAUAUGAAAUGAAAUAAAUGCUGUUCUUUUCCAUCUCUACAAUUAUUUUUGUCUUUUUCUCCUGUCUUGCCAUGGCCUUAGUAACCCCCAUCCCCACCCCACCCCAGUGCUGCUCCAUUUAUCCAUCAUGCUCAUGUUCCCAAGUGUCGAGAAGAUUAGUAGCCCUUUGGCCAUUCUGUUUGCACUCUUGUGCCAGUAUCAGAUCCCCGGUUCUAGAUACUUAUUUGAAAGACCGCUUGAAAUGGGGUCUACUUGUGUAGUUAUUUCCUAAAGGAAAUACACAAGUCUAUAAUGAGUAUCUUAAACUAAAACUUUUGAUUUCAGCGUGUACCAGCAUACUGAAAAUAACACCUAGAAGGGGAGGGCAGCUAUUUUAACUAUGGUUAACCUGAUCAGUAAUGACAGUAAUUGGUGUUAUCCAGAUUGAGCCCAGUCUUCCCCAGUAAUACUGACAUUUGGCCCAAGUGGAUGGAUGGGUGGAUGGAUUGCAUUUAUGUAGUGCUUUUCCAGCUGCAACAGCCACUCAAAGCGCUAAGUGGAGCCUGAAAUCUAUUUUUCAGUGAUUGUCCAAACGUGUGUUUUGAACUGCUGUUAAGAGUCUGUCGUGUCUUAAAGUAAUCUCCAAAUAAUUCAGAGUCUAUGCAUCCACUAUGAAAGGCCGGAGAAAAAGGAAAAGAGAGGUGUGUAAAUUUCUGAUCUCUAACAUCAGUGCAUUGGGACAUUCUCCUCAGGAUUAGAAUAUGGGUUUAAUUGUAUCUGUUGAGCUGUUGCACAUUGCAUGUGAUGUAUAGAGCUUUUUGCCCUUCAUCAGUCAAAAGAUGUAGCCACUAACUCGUGAAAAGUAGUGCAUAAUCUGCAGCUUAAUGUGAGCACAUACUUGCUGUAUGUGACACAUUAAACUAACGCUACAUCUUCACACUGCAAGGGGGGAAAUAGAUGAAGUGAAAGUAGACAGAGAUGCACAUCAUCUAUCAGCUAGUAAAAUCUAUGGGUUGUCUCCAUACUCAAGACUUUUGGUGCAUAAACAGUAUAUAAUCUGUACAGAAUUUUAAAAAAAAAGAGAAAAAAAAGAUACCAUUUUCUAAAACCUGCCUGACCAGCUUUGAGUUUUCAAUUGGUUGGUUUAUCUGUCACACAUACCAGUAGCUUAAUUAUAAAAAUCCUGUCAUUUAGUCGAGAGCAAAGGCCUAGGCGUGUGUGUGUGUGCGUGCGUGUGUAUAUGUGUGCGAAGGAAGAGUGUGUGUUACUGUGGGGUUGGGUCGGUCCUGGUGAAUUUCUCCUGAGGAACAGAGGGAACGGGCAUCAAACACUCCUUAUGGAAGUUGAAUCAAGACUUAUUUCUUACCCCCUCGUUUUUUUUUUUUAACUGUGUUUUUGGUGUUUGUUCGGUGUGUACCCCUCUGUUCCAUCUUCUGUUCACACACCUUGUCUGAUUGACCCUCUGUCUGACUGUAAUCUUAAUCUUAAUUUCCGUUCCCCCCUUUUUUUUUCCUUUGAUUUUUUUCUUUUCUUUAUUCUUUUUUUUUUUGUUCAUUGCCUUUUGGGACUGCUAAUAAUAAAAUGAUUGUUGAAAAUAAGUUUCCCCUUUGAACUUCUCCCAUCUCGACCGGCAUAUGUCUGUCUCUGCUGUGCACUGAUUUCGGACAUUGCAAUUGUACUAUUUUACUCUCAGAAUAACACAUUUAAUAAAAUAUGAAAACUA